UCGACACAGGCUAUAUCACGAAUCUGUUCGCUGGCUUUUGGCUAAUGAUAAGAUAGAGGAAGCUAAGGCAAUAUUGAAGAAGGCUGCAAAAAUGAAUAAAGUCAACGAAAGCGAUGUCCUUCGGAUAAUAGAUUACGCCUCUUCAUCACAACCACUGGUUUUGAAACAAGACGAAAGUGGGAAUACACACGAUGAAAAAGGUGAAAGACGAAGAGAAGAUAUCCAGGACCCAUCCAACUCUGCCCUACCAAAAUACACGGUACUGACAUUGUUUACACGGCGGAGAAUAGCGAUGAUCACCAUCAUCAUGUCGUAUACUUGGGCUGUGAAUAGUUUGACGUACUACGGGCUUGUUUUGUCGUCUGCUUCCCUGCCUCUCGAUCGCUACUUGAGCUUUUUACUCCUCUCUUUAGCGGAAUAUCCUGUGGCAGUUAUAGAGUACUUUACAUUGAAUAAGUUUGGGAGGAAAAGAAUAUGUAUUCUGUUCCAUGCCCUGGCAGCUGUGUCGCUCAUUGCGGGAACUAUAGCAAACUACUUUUCAGAGAGAGCAGGCGCCAAAAUAGCAUUGAUGAUAUUCUAUUUUCUGGGAAAGCUUGGUAUAUCUGGGUCAUUUAGUACGAUAUUCCUCCUGACUCCGGAGCUCUACCCUACGAAUCUCAGGUAA